ACUUUAGAGGUCGCCAUGUUCCAUGCGUACGGCGUCAUCUGCCGUUCGUUGCGAAAUAUCGUCAAGAAUUCAUUCAAGUUGCGCGCGUUCUCUCCAUUUGACAAGUGUUUCGUGUUGUGUAGCCCGGUGAAUUCUAGUGUAAAACGAUCCAAAAGAAAAUGGGUGUUACUGUUUUGCAGCAAUAUCCGAUGACAGAAAACAAAACCGGACCGCAAACGAUCGAAUUCCUGACAAAACGAGUCGUCGCUCUUGGUGCAGUGCAAACCGGCCAAUUUUUAGUGGACUGUGAGACGUACAUUUCGGUGCCGCAAUUGGGCGCUCAACGAACUCUCCACGUCCUCCACAACUCGGAGCAGCCAGCGUCAGCCUUCGCGAUUCUGGAAUCAGGGAACAAAGUGGUGCCGCUGAUAGCGGAUGGUCUGUUCGAUCUCUUAAUGUACAAGAUGUCGAGCGUCUACACGAACAAGAUGCAAAAGAUGGAAUCGAAGGGUCCGCGAUUCGAGAUCGGCGAUUUCUGCGUGAAACUCGGCAGCGUGACGAUUAAUCAGAACUUCAAAGGCGUUCUGGUCGAGGUGGAAUAUAGACCCUGCGUGGUUCCCGGAAGUGCAUGGGAAUUGAUGCGUGAAUUUUUACAAGGAUUCCUCGGAUCUACCGUGUCCAAUCAAGCACCGCAGUAUUUGCAGAACCGAAUGAACGAUAUUUAUCAACCAUUGGAUACGAUACAACAGUAUCUGGAACAUUUCGGCCAGUAUAGAAAAGCCACUGGUGUAAUUUAAGGAAAUUUUAAAUUUAUCGUUCUUUGUAUCGAGAUAACCCGUAUCAAGAUCUCGUCGAUAAUUUUAAUGAUUGUAUCUAUAUUGUAAUUUUAUGCUACCAAAUCUUAUUGGUAAUCUACUUCUGUAAUAAUAAAUUUCAUUUAACAAAA